CCCCGUGGGAAACGAACCCACAACCCUGGCGUUGCGAGCACCAUGCUCUACCAACUGAGCUACAGGGGACCAUAGCAAGGACUGAAGAAAGCGCCAUGUUAUGUCACCAUGGAGACAGACCUGUACCAUGUGUAGUUGACGUCGUCAUAGAUCAAGCGAAGCAAGCAAUCUGAUCUAUGUUUUUAAAGUUUCAAGCGGAUUCUCCAAUCAUUUGAAAUCAUUGUGUACAGUCUGCAAGUGUCAUGGCAGAUCGAGAAAACAGACAAACAUAAUGCUAUGGUUAUCACGAGUGAUCAUCCAGUUAUGACAUACUGUAUGCAGUGGUUAAACUUUCAACCAAUAACAUGAUGGUCAUACUUUCACAUUUUAGAAUAGGCCUAGGCAGACUCAGUUGGCACUUGGCAGAACUGUUAUAAGUGAGUAUACAUGAAAUUUAGCAACGAUGACAACACUUAGGACCAGUUUCCCAAUUUGGUGGUCCAUUAAGUUUUGGUUUAUUCGAAAAUACAGUCAUUAAAGUUGAGAAUCAACUGUCUGUUCCAAGGUUGUAUCUUGGGUCACUUUUGUUUGCAAUGACUCAGGAUUGUCUUGCUUUUACAAUAAACACUCAAAACUAACCGAACAGGUUUCACAAUCUCAUGUUACUUCAAUGAAAGACCAGUUGUGGGGAGCAUUCAUUCUUUAUUUGGUUGUGGAUGUGUAUCACAGAUCACUCUGUUUACCGAGAGAAGAAACAUGACACCUGAUUUGGACACCAAGGACCGCUGCUUUAAGGCCUUGCUUAUCUGGAGCAAUUUGGUCAUUGCGUGCUGUGGGAUUGCCUUGAUGGCCAUGUGUAUCUUCUUCAUAUCGGAUCGAGGCGGAUUGUAUGUUUUGGUGUAUGCCACAGGAAAUGACAGCAUCUGGAGGGGAGCCUGGAUAGGCCUUUUCACUGGGUUUGCCCUUUUCUGCACGUCGAUCUUUGGAAUGCACGCCAUAGCUGUGUCCAAAAGAAAUAUCCUACUAGCUUACAUCCUCCUGAUGGUGAUCAUCUAUGCAUUUGAGGUGGCAUCCGCUAUUACUGCUGCAACACACAGAGACUGGUUUGUCCCCAACCUCUUCCUGAAGCAAAUGCUACAGAACUACAACAAACCACUACCAUAUAAUCUGCCCAGCACCCAGGACCAGAUCGAUGUCAUCAACGGGAUAACAGAAACAUGGAACCGGUUCAUGACUGAGUCUAAGUGCUGUGGAGUGUACGGGCCAAAGGACUGGGUGAAGUAUGAGUCCUACUUCAGGCAACAGAACACAGAUGCUGAUUAUCCUUGGCCCAGACAAUGCUGUCAGCAGGACGCCAUGGGAGCAAUCAGCCAUUUAGAGGCCUGCAAAAUCGGGGUCAGCCCUUUCCUGCAUGCACAGGGUUGUUAUGAUUACAUUGCUGGUCCUUUAAUCAGACACUGUUUUGGAGUCUCAUGGUUUGGAUUUGCCAUAUUGUGUUGGACAGUGAGUACAGAAUGCAUAUCAUCAACUUCCAUAAGCAUAAAAUGUUUUUUUGCAUGCAAUAGUAUAGUAUUCAAACAAAUUUGCACUGCAGAAACAAAUGUAGUUGCUCUAGCAUUAAGACAAUGCAUGCAUUACUCAAAAUAAGUUUGGUUUCAUCAUGUAGGCCUAAAUAUUGUAAGAUGGCAUUACUUAAAAUACCCCUUAAAGGGCCAAUCAGCAGUAGAAACAAUAACAAAGCAAACUCCCCACCACUGUUUCGAUAAAAAAGUGAAGGAUAGGGCUGGAGAAAUAUAAUCACUCUCAAAUUCAGAAACAGAGCUAUGGAUGCAAGACCUGACCAUCCAUGACAUAAAAAUGAUAGUUUUAACCAUGUUUCGAGGCUAUACAGUGUUUGUUUACAUUUACUUGGUUUACAAACACUGGAGUUAAACAAGCUUCUAUUUUGGGUUCUGAUAGAGUACAACAGUUAGACUAAGUUCAUGAGGCACUUAUAAGUUCAAUUCUUCAAGAACAAAUGGGUACAUAUAGUGAAUUUAUAAUCUUAAAAAAAUCAAUGUAGCAACUGCUGAUUGUCCCCUUAAAUGUGGUGGGAAAAAAAUGAAAAUAGCAUAAUGGAGAAUUGGAUCAACGGUUUUCUUUGUUUUUCCCUGCAGUUCUUUGUGAUGGUGGGAGUAAUUUUCCACUACACUCAGUUGGAUUUCUGAGGAUGACCAACAAAGAAAUCUUCAAAUAAACUUCAGGACAGAACUACCAGUAAAGAAGUAAUACAAAUAUUACACUUUUUUGUUAUGAUCAACAAAUAACAUUUUAAUGUCUCUUAUCAAAAUUGAGAAGCAAUAAAUGUACUAAAUAUUAUUGUUUUCAAAUGAGCUUUCUCAAAAAAGGGUGUAUAUUGUACCAUAUAAUACGCUGUACUCUUAAUUUUCUGUUCCCCCCCCAAAAAAGAGGUUGCGACCCCGACUUGAAUACCAUCGGUGUUAGUAUGUUUCACACCAAUUAUGCAAUCAGUGGAUGGUUGCUUUGUGAAUUACAAGCAUCCCUCAUUAUGUUAUGUAAUUAUUAUACAACUAUGAAUAACAGUUAUGCAAUUAUACUGACAUGUAUGGACCCCUGCACAAGAUGAGGGAAACGUACAGUAAAUCAGAGAUUUAGCCUGGUCCUGAACAUCUGUAACCGACUCUCAGAGGAGACAGUGACUGAUUUGAAGUAUCUGUGAUUUUUCAUUCAAGCCCAAACACUGCAUGAUUCUCCUUGUUUCACCUUCUGUUGAUGUUUUUCAAAUAUAUUGCCAAAAUAAAUCAUUAUGACAAAUCA